AUGUCUCAAAGAAUCAUAGGGAGCAAAGACGUUGUGUUUGAAGUAGAUAAGAGCUGGGAUUGGGAGAAGAGUCAUGAAGAGAAAAUUAUUGAUGACUUGGAAUGGGGUGAUAGUGAAGACAGAGCAGCUAAAAUUGAUAAUAAUGAAGAGGAAAGUGGUGUAGAUCUUACAGAUGAAAGAAUAAAGAAUUCUUCUUCAGGUGAUUUAAUUGAAGAAAACUCACCAAGCUCCGAUGAAGGAAGACACAGGGUACCUCCAGUUUGGAUGAGAGAUUAUGUGAGUGGAGAAGAUUUUUUUAAAGAUGAAGAAACAACAGCAAACUUUGACUACUCUUUUGAUUGA